UUGGGUUUUACAAACCCGAUUCCCGGUUCUAAACCCUGCCAUUAACUUUUUCAUUCUCUCCUUCAAAUCUGAAGCUCUGAUCUUCUUCUUUCAAAACCCGAUUUCAAUCCUGCAAAUUCACACCUCAAAUUCCGCUGUCUGUGUAUACAGGGUCGUCGAUAACUCCAUCUUAGUUACAAAUGGGAACUACUAGAGGAGUGAUUAGUGAUAAAUGGUCCAUGAGGGUUCUCUGGCUUACAGCAAUUGGAAGUGCUGUAGGCUUAUACAUGGUCGCUGUAGAAAGACAAACACAAAACAGGGAAAAGAUGUUAGCUGCAGCAGCUGAAGCAGAAGCCAAUAACAGUGUUUGAUUGCCUCAUUUACCAUAUUUUUCUUUUUCUUUUUCUUUUAGACAAUGAUGUAAUAAAUGAGAAUUGUGUUUAUUCCCAAUAUCUUUUUAGGGUUUAUGUCAUAAUUUAACAACCAACUAUUCUAUAUGUGCUCAUUUAGUUGUUUUAAUGUAAUGUAUGUGAAGAUAAUUCAGUUUUGGGAUUUUCAA